UAGAUAGACAUUUCUUUCUUGCCUUUCCAAGUUCCUUCCUUAAAACAAGUGCACCCACAAUCCAACAAAAACAGCAACAAGUAACUGCAACGGAAGCACCCUUUUCUAUUUCAUUUUGGUAAAACAAAAAAUAGCAAUAACGAAAACAAAAACACCCUCUCUCUCUCUCUCUCUAACAUUUUAUUUUUUAUUUUUUUACUUUCUGAAAACAGAAAAAAAAAAACAAAAAAAAUAAAACAAUCUUUCUUCUCUGUUCUAAACCAACUGAUCAGUAAAACCCAUUUCUCGUUUUCGUUUCUAGUCCUCAAAAAGCAUGGAGCUUCGGAGAUCAUCAGCCCUGAGAGUCCUGCUAGGGUUUCUGGUGUUGUCUCUGAUAGCCUCUUCAUCUCUGGGGAGAUUUGUGGUGGAGAAGAACAGCUUGAUGGUGACAUCUCCAGACAAAAUCAAAGGGAAGCACGACAGUGCCAUUGGCAACUUUGGGAUACCUCAGUAUGGGGGUAGCAUGGCUGGUACUGUGGUGUACCCAAAAGAGAACCAAAAGGGUUGCAAAAGCUUUGAUGGGUUUGGGAUUUCGUUCCAAGCCAAGUCAGGAUCUUUACCCACCUUCGUUUUGGUCGAUCGUGGAGAUUGCUUCUUCGCUUUGAAGGUCUGGAAUGCCCAGAAUGCUGGGGCUUCUGCAGUUCUUGUUGCAGAUGAUAUUGAUGAAGCAUUGAUAACGAUGGACUCUCCUGAAGCAGAUGGUUCCUCUGUAAAGUACAUUGAGAACAUAACAAUACCAUCUGCAUUCAUUGAAAAAGGCUUUGGUGAAACAUUAAAGAAAGCUGUCGCUUCUGGGGAAAUGGUCAAUGUGAAUCUUGACUGGAGAGAAGCUGUUCCACAUCCAGAUGAUCGUGUGGAAUAUGAAUUGUGGACCAACAGUAAUGAUGAAUGUGGGGUUAAAUGUGACAUGUUGAUGGAAUUUGUGAAGGAUUUUAAGGGUGCAGCACAGAUACUUGAGAAAGGGGGUUACACUCAAUUCACACCCCAUUAUAUUACUUGGUACUGUCCCCAGGCAUUCACAUUAAGCAGACAGUGCAAGUCCCAGUGCAUCAAUCAUGGAAGAUAUUGUGCUCCUGAUCCUGAACAGGACUUCAGCUCAGGUUAUGAUGGCAAAGAUGUGGUUCAAGAGAACUUAAGGCAGCUAUGUGUUUUUAGAGUGGCAAAUGAGACCAAGAAGCCUUGGCUGUGGUGGGACUACGUUACUGAUUUUCAAAUUAGAUGUCCUAUGAAAGAUAAAAAAUACAACAAGGAAUGUGCUGAUGGUGUUAUUAAAUCGCUUGGUCUUGAUAUUAAAAAGAUUGAUGACUGUAUGGGGGACCCUCAUGCCGAUUCCGAAAAUCCUGUUCUAAAAGAAGAGCAAGAUGCUCAAGUUGGGAAAGGAUCCAGAGGGGAUGUAACCAUAUUGCCUACCCUUGUUGUCAAUAACCGACAGUAUCGAGGUAAGUUGGAGAAAAGUGCAGUUCUGAAGGCCAUCUGUUCUGGUUUUGAGGAAACUACCGAACCAGCUGUUUGUUUGAGUGAUGAUGUGGAGACAAAUGAGUGCCUGGAUAAUAAUGGUGGUUGCUGGCUAGACAAAGCAGCCAAUCUCACAGCCUGCAAGGAUACAUUUCGUGGAAGGGUAUGUGAGUGCCCAUUGGUGGAUGGUGUGCAGUUCAAAGGAGAUGGUUACACCAAAUGUGAAGCAAGUGGACCUGGGAGGUGCAAGAUAAAUAAUGGAGGUUGUUGGCAUGAUUCCCGAGAUGGACACUCGUUCUCUGCUUGUUCAGAUAAUGGGAAGCUUGAAUGUCAGUGUCCUACGGGAUUUAAAGGUGAUGGUGUCAAAAGCUGUGAAGAUAUUGAUGAAUGUAAAGAGAAGAAAGCCUGUCAGUGCCCUGAGUGUAGCUGCAAGAAUACCUGGGGAAGCUACGAAUGCACUUGCAGUGGGGAUCUUUUGUAUAUCAUGGAACAUGAUACCUGUAUCACUAAGAGGGCCAAUGAGACAAAAUCUGCUUGGGCUGCUGUUUGGGUCAUAUUGAUAGGCUUGGCUAUGGCUGGUGGUGGAGCAUAUCUUGUGUACAAAUAUAGAUUACGGCAAUACAUGGAUUCUGAAAUCAGAGCUAUAAUGGCACAGUAUAUGCCUCUAGACAGUCAAGCUGAAAUACCGAACCAUGUCAAUGAUGAACAAGCAUAAAAAGUGAAAUUUCACCCUUCAGUUUUUUAAGGAUUUCAGGUGAUGAUGCAUUGGUACACCCAUCUUUAUCCAGUCUCGAAUUUUGAAAGUGGAUCUUAUAUUCUUGUAACAUAUGCUGGAUAAUAAAAAAAAAUUCAGAGUAGAAAUUGUAUUGUUGUUUGUUAGCAGUGUAACAUGCUGAACAUUUUAAGGGUUGGGAACAGAUUGCAAAGCAUCUAGGAAGCUCGUUUCCAUCCUGAAAAAUCUUGUCCCCUAACUUAAAUAUCAACUCUGUAAUUUAUUUAUACCUUUAAGAGACGCCAUUCUCUUAAUUAUAUAGUUCUUUGUUCUUAGGUUAA